UCCCAGCCGAGGAUCUUUUGCUCGCGAGAGUUCCUCCGUCUAGGGGCACACAACGCUGCUGCUGGAAACAGAGGUAAGAGAAUUGCCGAGACUUAGCUCUUCCACACUCCCCGAGGCCCCGCCCCUCCUCUCUGGCCCUCCGCUGGGCCCGGGUCUUGGGCGUUGCACGUGCGAUUGUUGUGGUUCUGCGUCACGUGGUCCCGGAAGUGCACGAUAGGCCCGCCUCAAAGAUGGCGACGCCCACCGCGCGAGGACGUGAUCCGCCUGUGCUCCGGCUUGCAUUGUAUCCUUGAUGAGGUCUGAGCGACCAUGGACCGGCCGGGGUUCAUGGCAUCGCUGGUGGCUGGCGGGGUAGCAGGUGUUUCUGUUGACUUGAUAUUAUUUCCUCUGGAUACCAUUAAAACCAGGCUGCAGAGUCCCCAAGGAUUUAAUAAGGCUGGUGGUUUUCAUGGAAUAUAUGCUGGUGUUCCUUCUGCUGCUGUUGGAUCCUUUCCUAAUGCUGCUGCAUUUUUUAUCACCUAUGAAUAUGUGAAGUGGUUUUUGCAUACUGAUUCAUCUUCAUAUUUGACACCUAUGAAACAUAUGUUGGCUGCCUCUGCUGGAGAAGUGGUUGCCUGCCUGAUUCGAGUUCCAUCUGAAGUGGUUAAGCAGAGGGCACAGGUAUCUGCUUCUACAAGAACAUUUCAGAUUUUCUCUAACAUCUUAUAUGAAGAGGGUAUCCAAGGGUUGUAUCGAGGCUAUAAAAGCACAGUUUUAAGAGAGAUUCCUUUUUCUCUGGUCCAGUUUCCCUUAUGGGAGUCCUUGAAAGCCCUCUGGUCCUGGAGGCAGGAUCAUGUGGUGGAUUCUUGGCAGUCAGCAGUCUGUGGAGCUUUUGCAGGUGGAUUUGCCGCUGCAGUCACCACACCUCUAGAUGUGGCAAAGACAAGAAUUAUGCUGGCAAAGGCUGGUUCCAGCACUGCUAAUGGGAAUGUGCUCUCUGCCCUGCAUGGGGUCUGGCGGUCACAGGGGCUGGCAGGGGACCAUGUACCAGGAAUUUUCUUGCAAGAGCAAAGCAGUGGCCUCCCUUUGGAGAGGGUCGGCAGCUGCCUGGACUUCAGGCGUCUCAGCUGGCACUGCCACCUCCUCAUCCUGAUGCCGAGUUGGAUCACUUAUUUGAUUGUAGUGUUUGUGUACCUUUGGCAGUUUUAAUCUCAGCUAUUUGAUGGUCUGGAGAACAUGAAGUAGAUUAUUUGCAGGUGUCUUCCCUCGAAUGGCAGCCAUCAGUCUGGGAGGUUUCAUCUUUCUGGGGGCUUAUGACCACACGCACAGCUUGCUGUUGGAAGUGGGCAGAAAGAGUCCUUGAAGCAGAGGCAGCCCCACCUCCACUUCUGUCAAGAGAGGGGCCUGCAGUGUAAACCCUCUUCCGCUGAGCAGCUGUCUGAACUAGAGGCCCCAGUGCUGAAGACCAGUUCUGCUAAGAUGCCGGCAUUGAGAUUGUGCCAUCCGUUGUAUAGGCUGGCUGGUAUGAAGUCAUUGGCCUGUAUGCCAGAGAGCUAAGAGAUGAAAACGGGGUCUGUGGCGGUACUCUGAACAAUUUCCUCAGAACCUCUUAAUAAAUAAGUCUGGUAAUGCUGAGGCCAGGCCUUUCAGAGCUUUCAUUUGAUCUGUAUCUGAUCUUUCAUUUCCUGCCACCUGAUGGUGGAUUCAGCAGAAGGCAAGAUGGUUAUAAUUUUAAAAGAAUAGCUUGUUUGGGAAAAGGAGACUUGGGGAAGAAGUUGUGUAUGUGGGUGUUUCUCCCCCUAGUUAAUUCCUGUUGCGUAAGGUUAGGCUCUGUUGAAAAAAGAAUGAACUACACAGGUGCAUAGCAAGCAUUCUUUCUGGGUAACUAGGCUGCUGGUUUUAAUUACCCUCAGAUUUCACCCAUAAAAACACACGCUGUAUUAUUUUACAGAGCUGUGUCCAGCGCCCCCUGUGGUGUGUGAGAGAAAGCAGUUGCAGCUCAAGUGACUAGGUGGGCCCAGCUGGCUUCGUGCAGGAGGACACGGUGGGUGAGCCAUUCUCUUGUGUCAGGCUGAAAGGAAGGCCUGGGCCAGCUUUGAAAACAACGUUGCUAGAAGUAGGCAGGAUGAAAUGGAAAGGUCACCACACUAUGGGAUUUUAGAGCUUGACUAACAAGCUCCAGGCGUAGAAGAAUUCAGAACGAAAUUUCAGGAAUCUAGCAGUGUUGUCUGCCCCCGAGCAAAGAGUAUAUAAUUUUGCUUUGCCUAUUUUUUUUUUUCUUUUUGGGGGAAAGAUAAUUAAAGGCAGAAUGACUGCGUUUGUAAAAGAAGGACCACCAACUGUACUGACAUUUAUAAAUGAACCUUUAUUAAAGAAAGACACUUCAAUGCCAUCUGUUAGACACUUCAAUAUUUUACAUGGUUUUCAAUGUACACUGUACCAAAAUUUCUAUAAAUAAAUAACUUUGUACAUAAAAGUAAUACUUCCUCUUUCACAUUGCCUCUCAGAAGCAGCAAAUUCACAUAUUUUGUGGAAGUAAGAUUAGUCAGUUAACUGUCAACAAAAUUCUAAAUGUGCUUACCUUUUGAACAGUGAUGACACCUGACAGUAAUUGUUAACUAUUUUCUCAGUAACUAACUCCUUCAGCUUUUGGCCAAAGGAACAUUUUAAGGACCUUGUUUCUAUGUAAGUUAAGUUUUACUAAAUUACACAUUGGCACUCACAAGAUGGUUAGCUACCAGUCUCAAAAGUGCAAAUAUACCCAGAACCCAAGUCAAGGUCUAAGUCUUUUCCAGUCCCAGCUCAGUUUCAUCUGUGCGCGGGAAUGGUAUGGACAGGCCUGCUCUGGAUCCUCAGUAGAAAUAAGGUAGCCCUGAAAAGAAAGAACUUUCCUCCUUUCUAUCCCCCAAGGCCAAUGUAAUACUCAUUAUAUUGGCAGAACGAAAACAUCACUAUAGAAAAAUCCACAGGUACCAACACCAGCAGCCUUUACCUUAAUUAAAAGUCUCAACUAGCAAUUGAAUGAUACUGAGAAGGCCACAUUUGCUUUUAUCAUAAAAUCUUAAGGAGGAAAGGCAGUGCUUAAUUAACUGUUCUGACCAUUUGCUUGUGAUGGAUUAACAACCCUCAUUCUAUGCCUUAAAGACAGGACUUAAACCUAAACGGAAAAGCCAUUCACUACAAGUGUGGAUGGCACCCUGCACCCCUGGCUCUACAGGGAGGCCUGUUCCAGGGGCAUCCACACGACCAGUGCUCUUCUGAGAGUCUGACCAGGCAGCAGCCUAGGGGUCUGUCUACGAAGUGCAAUACAGAUCCAAGGCCUUCCCUCCUUCCCAUCCCCACCAAAAACUCCUGCUAACAAAUGUGGUUGUAGCCUCUAUAAAUUCCAGCCAUGCGUUAAGGCACCAGCACUACUUCCCCACCCCCGUCCAAAAUUAAACAGCAACCUGAUAUGAAAAAUAACAUUGUCAAAAUUGUAUAAUUUUUUUCUGUUAACCAUGCACUAAAGAUUAAAAUAGCCUCUGUAAAAGAUA